UCGAGCGAGUCAGGCGGAAGUGCCGCACAACAGCUGAUCAAACACGUGACUCUGAACGGCCAGCCAGCGCGAGGCUUGAAGCGUCUCUGCGGGUGAUGGAGUCUCUCUGGCUCUGUGGCAGCUGCAGGAAGCUUUGCAUGGCCCUGAGGUUCACCAAAAGAGACUGAGAUGCACACCGUGGGUCCUCCUCUUUGCGCAAAAUCUCUGAAAACAGCAACUUCAUCCUGGCCAAUGCACAAGUGUCCAAAGGCUUUCCCAUCGUGUACUGCUCUGAUGGAUUCUGUGAGCUCACUGGAUUUGUGCGCACUGAGGUCAUGCAGCAGAGCUGUGCGUGCAAGUUCCUGUAUGGACCAGAGACCAGCGAGCACAUCAUACUUCAUGUGGACGCUGCACUUGAGGAGCGGAGCGAGCUCAAAGAGGAGAUCAUGUUCUACAAAAAGAAUGGUAGUGUUUUCUGGUGUCUGCUGGAUAUUGUGCCUAUAAAGAAUGAGAAAGGAGAUGUGGUCCUAUUCCUCGCCUCUUUUAAAGACAUCACCGACACCAAAGCCAAGUCUAUCCUUGAGGAGAAAAAAGAAGAGUGCCGACGCGAGAAGGUCAAGGGCGGGUCUCCGUUCGGCUCCACUCGACUGCGAUCCAGCACAGUUCUGUACCAGAUUUCAGGACAUCUCCACAGCCGUCAAAAACAGAGUAAAAUAAAAAUUAACAAGAAUGUGUUUGGUGAUCCACCGGCUCUUCCUGAAUAUAAAGUUGCUGAUGCCAAGAAGUCAAGAUUUAUUCUGCUCCACUUUAGCACCUUCAAAGCAGGCUGGGAUUGGCUGAUUCUUCUGGCUACGUUCUAUGUCGCUGUGACCGUGCCGUAUAACGUCUGUUUUAUUGGUGAUCAAGACUUGACUCGUAGCACCACGGUCACCGACAUUGCAGUUGAGAUUCUUUUUAUUAUAGACAUAGUGUUCAGUUUCCGCACCACAUACGUGAGCAAGUCGGGCCAGGUGAUCUUUGACGCACGGCAGAUCUGCAUCCAUUACAUGACCACCUGGUUCAUCAUCGACCUGGUUGCCGCUCUACCCUUUGAUCUUCUUUACGCUUUUAAAGUCAGCGUGGUGUCAGUGGUCCAUCUGCUGAAGACCGUACGCUUGCUGAGACUCCUGCGUCUGCUGCAGAAGAUGGACCGUUACUCUCAGCACAGUACGGUGGUGCUGACUCUGCUCAUGUCCAUGUUUGCACUUCUGGCUCACUGGAUGGCUUGCAUCUGGUACAUCAUCGGCAAGAAAGAGGUGGAGAGCAAUGCAGACACCUGGGAUAUAGGCUGGCUGCACGAGCUCGGGAAGCGGCUGGAGUCUCCAUACGAGGAGGUGGGCACGGGCGCGGUCAAUGGAACGGUGAGCAAUGGACCGUCUUUACGAAGCAUCUACAUCGCAGCGCUGUAUUUCACCCUCAGCAGCCUGACCAGCGUGGGCUUCGGAAACGUCUCUGCCAACACAGACGCAGAGAAGAUCUUCUCCAUCUGCACCAUGCUCAUUGGAGCGUUGAUGCACGCUCUGGUCUUCGGUAAUGUGACGGCCAUCAUCCAGCGCAUGUACUCGCGCUGGUCCUCUUACCACACGCGCACCAAAGACCUGAAGGAUUUCAUCCGUGUGCACCACCUGCCCCAGAGCCUCAAACAGCGCAUGCUGGAAUACUUUCAGACCACCUGGUCCGUCAACAACGGCAUCGACUCUAAUGAGCUAUUAAAGGACUUUCCUGAUGAGUUGCGUUCAGACAUCGCGAUGCAUCUAAAUAAAGAAAUCCUGGAGCUGUCUGUCUUCUCUUCUCUGAGUCGCGGAUGUCUCCGUUCUCUCUCCCUGCAUAUAAAGACCUGGUUCUGCGCGCCGGGCGAGUAUCUGCUGCGGCAAGGAGAUGCUCUGCAAGCUCUUUUCUUCGUCUGCUCUGGCUCUAUGGAGGUGCUGAAGGACAACAUGGUGCUAGCUAUCCUCGGCAAGGGCGACCUGAUUGGCGCAAACAUGUCCAUGGGUGACCUUGUCAUAAAGACGAACGCUGACGUGAAGGCUCUGACGUACUGCGACUUGCAGUGCAUCAAUCUGAGGGGUCUGUACGAGGUGCUCGACCUGUAUCCUGAAUACUCCCACCGCUUCGUUCAAGACAUCACACACGAUCUCACCUACAACCUGAGAGAAGGUCAAGAGAGCCACUUGGAGGGACGGGGAAACGGAGACGUGAUCCAGUGCUAUCCACCAAUAGCUGAGCAGCCAGACGAGCUGGAUGACGAAGAGGAUGAACAGAACCAAUAUCUCAGCGGUGGAACCAAACAAAAAACCUACACACAGAAAAACGAUGCCAAAACCAGCAAAAAGCUCCACAUUCAGCACACCACUGUUCCAAAGCCUGACCUCGCAAAUCUCAGUCCAAGGGUUGUAGACGGAACCGAGGACAACGGUGGUGCAGAAAAUUCCCAUACGUUCAUAUUUUCCUCUGGUCACCAGCACACCAUCAGUACUCCAGCUAAUACUACCACAAGUGCUGCAGAUUUAGCAGCAAAAUCAGAGGAGACCAGAGGACAGUUACGACACCUCAACCAAGAGGUGAACUCUCUAGGAAGAGAAGUGGCCGAGCUAGGACGAGUCAUGCGCAGUCUUGCUUUUCUCAUUGAAUCUAUGAUGGCCUCUCAAACACCAGGUGUCUGUACAUCAACGUUUACCUCGGGACGUCCCUCUCCUCACGUCCCGUUCCAGGGACAGGGUUCCUCCUGGGCCAGCCCACCCUUUCCUUCACCAAUGCACCCUGGGAUAUGUCCAGGAGGACUAACGUCGCUUUCAGUCAGACCGCAAGAACUGCAGCGCCCCACCCUCUCUCCUGGCUCCUCGGCUGGAUCUUUUCCUGUCGCGCUUUCAGCUUCCCCCCAUACGGACAGAUCCAAAGAGCCCUUACUGGCCUACCACAGCGCAGUCGCUCGGACCCGAUCGCAGAGUUUGGAAACACCCAUUCUGGAUCAUCACCGACACAUUUUGUACAACCCUGGGACAUUACCCAGAGCUGGACAAACAUCAUUGGGGGACGGGCAGGAUAUCAGGUCUCUGGGCUUGUAGCAAUCAACCUUUAAAAGGGAAUCGUGUGGACAUUCUAGUGGAUACGGUGUGUUGACCUGGACUCAGGACUGGACUGAUAAGAUGAGUGAUACACUCGCCGCCAAAGCCACAGAGCAUGUUUCCUUUGGGGAUAUACAUGUUUACCAUCUCAGUUUUUAAGAUAAUCUUUCUGAAGGCAUGUCUUUCGGUGUUAGAAACUAAAGGGAUAUCUCUUACCAGAAGAGCUGGUUUCUCAACGGCAGAGAUGUUCAUUAAUCUGAUGUUCAUUGUGUCCCUUCUAGAUGUUAAUCCCUCAGAAAUGUUUUUUAGAAACAGAAUACUGAAUAAACUCCAAUUUUAUGCUUUUAUUUCAGCGAAAAGAGGCAAGACGUACUGCAGGUUAUCUGUUCUACUGAAGUGUCUGGACGUUAAACCUCUAAAUAAGUGAAAUGAGAACUUUCUAAGCAAGCCCUUUGAUUUAUACACAAAAAUGUGUGGUUUUGCUGCUUGUCUAACAUAUUUACAGUCAAAUGCAUGCUUAUAAAUAUAAGUUCAAUGCAUGGGGACGAUUCAUUUUUAGAUUGACUGACCACAGGUUCCGACAUUGUGCAACGUACCUCAAAUUACAAAAACAGUUUGAAUCAAUAUCAUCGCUGUCCUUUCAAAACCUCGGAUGUCCACAAGUGCUGUUUUUUAGGAAACAGAAAAAACACUGUACAUUUUAAAAUGAUUAAAUGCUGUAUUGUCAAAGUUGACAAGCACUUUUUAAUACUUUUUACCAGUUAGAUACAGUGAGGGAAAUAAUUAUUUGAUCCCCUGCUGAUUUUGUAAGUUU